AUCAUCUUCCACCCCUAUCAGUACAAAUUACGAGAAAAAAGGCCAUGUCGUAUGUAGAGAACAAUUUGUAUAUACUACGGAGCGCUAAGUGAUCUGUUAAACAAAUCUACGGUAAAGGUGUAAGUACAAAACAUUUAACAAACACGAAAGAGGGUGUGACUUGCUGAGGUUGCUGCUACAUUGAACAAUGUGCGCCAUACCUACUUAAAUCGCGAUUAUACGAGCAUAAAAAUAGGAUUCGUUAAAUGCAUAGAACGGCAGUUCCGCACAUGGCAAGUGCAUUCAGCAUUAGCUGUGUGUAUGUGUAGCACGCUGCAAGCUAUUGCGUCUAUUUGUACAACGCACGAUGGAGCUCGUGUGGUUCAAACAUUGUAAGCUUCGAAUGUCACGCUUUGCACAAGUGGGCCAAUACUUUGUAUAAAUGUCGUUUGGAAUAAUUGGAUUGGAUUCGAGCCUAAGAAUACGUAACAGAACUCAUAAUUCGGCUAAUCGGUAACAUCCUCGAAUAUUUUUGUGGCCGCAUCGGAUCAGCUCUGCUUACAAGGUAGCGAAGCGGAUGAGAAACGGUACCGGUUCUGGACUGCGGAGAAUGGAUAGCGCUAUCAUUAAAACAGCGGAUCCCUCCAAUGAAGUUAAUAGUAUAGUAAAUUAUAUUGGAAAUUCUGGCAUCGUUGAACUUUGGAACGUAUUUCAGCGAUGUUUGGAAAUUAGCCAGCAAAUGGCGGUUUGGUAUUUGUAUUCAUAAAUAUCUAAUAAUAAACGUUUCAAAUAUGGUCAAUUAUUUUUGAAUCACAUUUCACUUCGUUCGUAUAUGGAUAGUAUUACAAAAUACAUUUGGGUGCUGAAAAAACGAAAAUUUUAAAUCAUUCAAGAAAACGGUCAAAAGCAUCAACACAACGGUUGCUUUGAAUGGCAUAAACGUCACGUGCCAUAAAACUAAAUGUCAUUCAAGUAGACAAAAAAAUGCAGUUACAAUUUCAAACGCAAACAAACUCUAUUGUGCGGAAUCAAACGAAGCGUACGAAAUGGAUCAAUCUUUGGACACAAUUUUCCAAAAACAGUUGGACACCAUGCAGCGUAUAGAGCUCUUUCUGGACAUAUAUAAAUGCAAACCAAUCGUAGCAGACGAUUUGCGAGAACUGAAGGAAGAAGUAUGCAGCGCUGGAGAGAAACUACAAAGCACCAAGCUAUAUCUCGAAUCCGAUCGCAAGGAUGUGUGUUCACAGUUUAUUGAAAUAAUGCAGAAAAUGCGGCGCAAUGAGCUUCUUAUGCUCCAUCUACUGGAAGUGGGAGCACAGAAUGAAAAUGCGACUGUGAGAUCAGCUCAAUCUUCUAUCUCGAAAGAGACGCCACUAAAAGAGCUGCAGAACGAAGCAAAUCCUUCCAAAAUGUACCUGCAGGAUUACACCAAAUCUCCGUUUGCAUCACGCUCGAAAGCUAGGAACAUCCAUUUCUAUGACUUUGAUGUUGCCAUCACGGAGGAAGAAUUCGAAACGAUUCCCAGGUAUUUGAAAGGCCGUAUGCAACUGUCCGAGUUGAAACAGUUUCUCGAAAAGGAAGUCGUAAAAUGUUUCGAGGAAAAAUACACGCUUAUGUACAAACAUCGCAAGGCUCUCGUAAACCAGCACGAUCUUAAUGAAUGGAAAGUAUACAACAGUAUGCAAGCCAACUUUCCGGAUCAAAAAUUCAUUACGCAGGACGACUUAUCUCGUAAAACUGGCAAAGCUUUAGACAAAAAGAGCUAUUCCAAAUUACAAAUGCUGCGACAUCUCUACAUUCUGCAGGAAGUGCGUUCUGAAGGUACGAUUUACUUCCUAUGGAUCUAUAGCAAAUGA